UCAUUUACAAAUCCAUUAUUGUUUUUAUGUUAUAUAUCUACACACAUCCACAAGGCUCAUUUAUUUGUUGCCUUAUUUAUUGUGAUUAGUUUCCACUCUCAUAAGUCAUAAGCAAACAAUGGAGUUUCAAAAAUUUCUCUUCCUUUUCUUUGCUUUUCUUGCUUCCUUUCUCCUCUCUUCCUCUCAAGCCCACAAGCUCUAUGUUGGUGGCAGGGAUGGCUGGGUCUUGAACCCCAAAGAACCCUACGAUCACUGGACGGGAAGAAACCGCUUCCAGGUCAACGACACUCUCUAUUUCAAGUACAAGAAAGGAGAAGAUUCUGUGUUGGUGGUGAACAAAGAUGAUUACUUCAAGUGCAAGACUGAGAAUCCAAUACUGAAAUUGGAGGGUGGAGAUUCAGAGUUCAAGUUUGAUCGCUCUGGUCCUUUCUAUUUCAUCACUGGAAACAAAGACCAUUGCAUCAAAGGCCAAAAACUCAUUGUUACUGUCUUAGCAGUGAGGAAAACUAAGCCAUUUCCAACACCACCCAAAACCCAACCACCGUUUGCUCAGCCGCCGACCACCGUCCAACCACCGUCUCCCGUGGCCCUACCUCCAUCCCCAACAACACCAUCUCCGGUGGCCCAACCACCAUCUCACGCAACACCAUCUCCAUUGCCUCUUGUGCCUUCCCCUGAAAGCCCAACAUUUUCACCAACACCAACAUAUCCGCCGACCACCGUCCAACCACCAUCUCCGUUGGCCCUACCUCCAUCCCCCACAACACCAUCUCCGGCGGCCCUACCACCAUCUACCACAACACCAUCUCCUUCGCCUCUUGGGCCUUCCCCUGAAAGCCCUGCAUUCUCACCAACAUAUGUAACGCCUGUGCCGAGCACCGCUUCCCCUGAAGUGGCCCCAGUGCCUGCAGUGUCUCCCACUGCACCAUCUUCUAUGACUCCUACACCUGCAGAGAUUACUCCCACUUUAGCUCCGUCACCGUCGGCCUUAACACCACCGUUGUCUCCUGCGAGCAGCCCACCGGGUGGAUCGCAGGGGAAUAGCUCAAGUCCGACCGCAUCGCCGGGAUCUAGUACUCCGGCUGACGUUACUUCUCCACCGGCACCGUCCAACUCAAGUUCAUUUAUGUUAACUCCCUCAACUGUGUUGGUGUUUGUAGUCUCUGCUGUGUCUAGUUUUAUGGUCUGAAUAAUUGAUGGUUUUUUAAUUUAUUAGCGGUUGUUUGUUUUUUUUUUUUAAAUUUACUGAUAAUUAUUGUUUUUUUUUUUUGAGAAGCUGAUAAUUAUUGUUUGUUGGAUAAAAUUUGAUGGGCUUAACUCUUUGUUUGGGUUAUUUUGUCAAAUUUUAUGAUAUUAUGAUCUUUUCAACUUUUUA